AUGAAGAACUCCCGGCUCUCCCUCCUUCCCCUCUUGGGCCUCUUCACCACCUCAACCUACGCCGACUUCAUCAUAGGAAAAUACGCCGGCUCCGAAAUCGGCGGCACCUUCUCAACUCCAGGCCAACUGCACAUCAUCGAGACGUGGAACAGCGCAGGCAUCGAAGGCCAGGAAAACGGCUUCGGCACCGGCGACUUCUAUUCCGCUGGCACCUCUGCCGGCACCGGCAAACUGGACAACUAG